UCCUUUUUUUCAUCAUUUUGAAGUUGCUCUUACUUUCUCUCGAUUUCAAGGCAAUUUUCUCGCGGUUUCUCUUGAUCCAAACAAAAAUGGAUGCUUUUUCUUCCUUCUUCGAGUCUCAAAAUGCAUCUCGAUGGAACUCUUUCAAGAACUUUAGCCAGAUCUCUCCCGUCGUGCAGUCUCAUCUUAAACAGGUUUAUCUCUCCUUAUGUUGUGCCCUUGUUGCAUCGGCCACUGGAGUCUACCUGCAUCUCCUCUGGAACAUUGGUGGUCUCCUUACAACUUUUGCAAUGCUGGGAUGCAUCUUUUGGCUGCUCUCAACCCCACCUUAUGAAGAGCGAAAGAGAGUUGGUCUACUGAUGGCAGCUGGCCUUUUUGAAGGGGCCUCAAUUGGUCCUUUGAUUGAUUUAGCCAUUCAGAUUGACCCAAGCAUUCUGAUCACAGCAUUUGUGGGAACUGGGUUAGCCUUUGCAUGUUUCUCAGUAGCAGCUAUGUUGGCAAAGCGAAGAGAAUAUCUUUACCUUGGUGGCUUGCUUUCAUCAGGCCUGUCAAUGUUAUUCUGGUUGCAGUUUGCUUCCUCUAUCUUUGGGGGCUCAACAAAUAUCUUCAAGUUUGAGCUGUACUUUGGGUUGUUGGUGUUUGUGGGAUACAUUGUGGUGGACACCCAGGAUAUAAUUGAGAAAGCUCACUUUGGCGAUCUGGACUAUGUGAAGCAUGCCCUGACCCUUUUCACUGACUUCGUUGCUGUAUUUGUCCGUAUUCUCAUUAUCAUGCUGAAAAAUGCCAGUGAGAAGAAUGAGAAGAAGAAGAAAAGAAGGGAUUGAAAGAGUGGCUAGUUGGUGAACUCCACUUGUUUUACUUAGGGUUUCAAACAAUGAAAUUUAUGUAUAUAUUUGUUUUCUGUUUCUGUAAACUUUCCUACAGCUAACUAUACGAAACUGUAUUCAUCUGGCCCUGGUGUUGGAAAUAUGUGCUCUGUGGGGGUAAUAGUGUCUGUGUUCCCUUAAAUUUUGGUGAUUGUAUAUGGCUGCAUUUCCCCUUGGAUUCUGACAUGUCGGUUUCUGCUCUCUCUAAAUAAAGUCACUGUUUGCAGUAUUA